CUUGUGCGCGUUCACGUAGGCAUGUGCGCGCGUGGCCAGAGCUCGCGUUGGUGCGUGCUCGCGGCCGCCGCUCCCGGAUCCCGACAGUCCCGUCUCCGCCUGGUGACCGAAUUCGUGUCGACUGCCCAGAGUCCGCGAAUUCAAACCCGACACCGACAGCCCGCGCCAGGUUCCGUGACUGUCAUAUGGAAAUUCUGAUACUAGAAUGUUUCGCCAUCAAUUCUUGUUUGAGCCAUUAACAAGCCAUGCCUGGAAUCAAGAUCGGACACAGAAAGUAUUUAACCCCAAAAACCAUGGAGUUCAUCUUUAUAAGAAAAGUGGAAAUCAGAGGAUUGAGAACCAUGAACUGAAGGAGCAUAAUGGUCAAAUAAUAGGUCAGGAGAUCCUUCAACCUACAGAAACAAACAGCACCACCUGGAGUGCACGUCCGAAUGAACUGAUGGGGUUGGACAGUCAACGAUGGAGUAAUGAUCACAUACCCAGAGAGACCAUACACUUACCAACUUCUCAAAGGCCUGACCUACCUGAUCCCGUUGAAACCCUCAAGGCUGCAACUAGUACCCAGGACCCCACUGGAUGCACCCACACACCUUCUGGAACAAUAGACCUCCCUCAACCACUCAAGGGCCCAAAACUCAGGAAACGUGGGAGACGUGCUGGCCUGCAGACGAGAGCGAAAGAACGUGGUUUCAAAUCCCCCCUACCCACCAUACUCCUGGCAAAUAUCCAGUCCAUUGAAACCAAGCUGGAUGAAAUAAAAAGUAGACUCUCAGUCCAAAGGGAAUUGAGAGACUGCUGUGUGCUUUGCUUUACAGAGACAUGGCUCACACGAGCUACACCUGACUGUACCUUACAACCUGAGGGUUUCUCAAUUCACCGGAUGGACCGUUCAGCAGCCAUGGGCAAGGCAAGAGGUGGUGGGGUGUGCCUCCUAAUCAACACCUCUUGGUGCUCAGAUGUUGUGAACCUGAUCUCUUCCCUUUGCUUUGGAAGAUCAAAUUUAAGGACCACUCCAGUGACUUCGGCAAAUAAACCAGGCUUACAUCUUUUCAGAGGUCUUUCAAAAGUGAUGGUAAACCAACGCCACCUCUGCCUUCAAGAUAACAUAAAAGGCACCACAAGAAUAAACCUUUAGACUAAAAAUCUAAAAUCUAGAUUCUUCCUAUGGCUUCUUUCUACCAAAAUGAAUAAUUUGACACUUAUCUGCAUCACAUUUCAACUGUGCUGAAUGGAGUGAUAUAAAAAGCAAAUAUAUACACAAUAUUUUAUCUGUUCCCUUUAAGAAUUUCACUUGCGAAUUCUUGCAUUCCUUCAAAACCAUGGGCUCGAAAUUAUAUUACCUUCAACUGCCCACAGCAUCAGCAAUGCACUUAGAUCAGACUGUGAACCUACUCACUGAAGCAUGAUUAACUUGAGCUUUGAGAGAUUGUGCAUAUCUAGAAUAAAGAGGGCUAAUUAAUGUCAGGGUUUCAUUCAGUAUUAACUAAUCUUUCUCUGAAAGAUGCAAAUCAACCAGCGAUGCACUUCCAUUAUUUUCAGCUUUUAUUCAAGAAGAUUGUAGUUUGACCCAGUCAGGAUCUUCUGUCCAAUCAUGAGUUUAAUUUGAGUUCAUAUUAUGUUACUAUGAUGCAAGAAUGCUUUUAAAAUAAAAGCCUUCAGUGCCGUGAGUACAAGGUUAGGUCAAUUUUUCAAUAACUUUCUAUGACUUCUUUUUGACCUUGUACCAUGACACGUACCUUGAAAUCUUCUUUGAUAUCUUCUGGAUCCAUGUUUGAUAGGGAAAUUAAAAUUAUGAAGACUUAUUGUCAUGUCAAUAAUACAUGAAAAAAAUCAUACUGUUUACAAAACAAAAUUAUACUUUAUUGUCUAAUUUUAAAAUGGACUUUGCUGGACUAAAAUGGCUGCUACAGAUCACAAAGCAACAAAUUGCAAUUUAGGAAAUGAGAAAGUAUAACACUUAGAUUAUCUCUGCAUCUUCAAGGAUCUUGUUGCUUUAUGGUUUAUAUUGGAAUGAUAUUUCUAUUCAAGGUGCUGAGAGUACUUUUUGAAAACCAAUAGUUCUAUCCAGAACAUUAAAAGUUCGGGGGUGGCUUGCCAUUUUUUGAGAUCAACACAUCAGGGUAGAAAAAAAACUGCUGUUGCCUUCCAACACAAAUCCAGUAUCAUGGUGAGACAACCAUUCAGAAAGUCAGGCUUUGUGGGUAUGUUUGGUUGGAGGAAAAUGCUUAAUAAUCUCACAAAGUCCAGGCUGGGGGGGGGGGGAGAGAAGUAACAUGGCUCAGAAGAGAAUUCCAGAAGGAAAACUGCUCGAUGCUAAUGGUACAGUAAAUGCAUAUUUGCUUUGAAAGUGUUUCGAAGUCAGAAGGAAGAAAGCUCCCUCAACCAAGUACAAACAACUGAACAAAGAACCUUGAAGUGGAGACUGGUUGAUUCUUUACUGAGAUUUGGAUAUCUGUCCUUGUUGUGAGAGUAAAAUGUUUGAAUCUUUAAAUUUAUAUUUACAAUAGUCAUUAUAUAGUUUGUAAUAUUUAUGAUUUAUAUUUUCAUUUUGUGUACAAUAAAUGUUGAAGUCCUUUUAUUAAGCUUUG